AUGCAAGUCGAAAGUAUGAAGGCCGAAUUGAUGGGAGCCCCGCUGAGGGAAGACCCGUACGACAUCAAGACGCCCAUUUCAGACGGCACGACCAUCAUAGGAAUCAUUUAUGAGCAUGGAGUCAUGCUGGCGUGUGACACCAGGACGUCCUCCGGAACACUCGUCAGCAACAAGUGCUCCAGAAAGAUAAACAGGAUUAACGAAAAUAUUUAUGCCUGUCGUAGUGGAGCUUCUGCACACAGUCAGAAGUGUGAAAAUAGAAAGAAAGGAAGGUUUCACGAGGACGAAGUCAUCACGGAUGACUUUGCGAAUGAGGAAGACAUCGACCUCAGUGCAAUUAACAACCCAUUCGGUUUAGCACAGAACGAGGAUCCCAAUUAUGUUACAAAGCAUAAAUACUUUUACGAAGAUAAAUUUAUGGACUUCAAUCCGUUAGUUGAAAAUGUUGCACACAUGACGAAGAAGCUACUGUAUGCGAACAACAAUUUUCUUUCUUGUGGCCUUAUCCUGGGAGGAUACGAUAAAGAAAAGAAGCAGCAACUGUAUUCGGUUAACCUAAACGGAAGCAUCGUCCAACGGUUCGACUACGCCGUUAGCGGUAGUGGCAGUGUGUACAUACAGUCCUACCUGCAGGACAAGUACAAGAAAAAUAUGAGCAAAAAGGAGUGCUUUGAAUUAAUCCUGGGCUGCGUCAAGUACGCCAUGUACAACGACAACAGUAGUGGGGGCAUCGUGCGGAUCGUCAACAUGACCAAGCUCUUCGUGGAGGAGUUCACCGUCACGAACACGCAUCUGCACUUUGAUUACUAG